AUGACCCUUGUAAUUCCCAUGACAAGUUUGUGGUCGUUUACGAUGGAAGAUCAGUGUUUGGAUGAGGACGAGACAUUGCUUGCGGACGAAUGGGAAUCACCUUCUGAAGAACUUAAUUUUCUUUGUAAUAACCUAGGGGAGGAAGGUGAGUACAUUUUUAUACAUCUAAUUGAAUUCCCCUUUUCUUUUUAAUCUCAAAACAACACCUUAUUAUGCAUGAAAAGUACAGCCAAAGGCUGAGUGCAUAUAUUCAUCCUUAAUUCGUAUGCAUCUAUCAAGCCUGACUGAUUGUUUGAGUUAAGCAGGAUCCCUUUGUCUUCGCUUGUUUAAUUUUGCAAAGUUUAGUCUCGAAAGGGUCUCGGGUUAUUUAAAAAGCACUUAAUAUUUGUGCCCUGACCUAUUUACUUAUUCAUCUCCUGUUUCAUAGAUAUAUAUCGCGUGAAAGACAGAGGAAUCAAAAGGAAGGAAUCCAGUAGUAAUGUUGUAGUAGGAAGCGAAACCGCUCCAGUUUCGCCGGUGGAUCAACGUCGCUUUAUAUUACAGGUAACGUUUGAAAAGUUACGGCGAUUAGAAGACCCGGAAGCCUGUCUGAGACGAACAGUUUUGAUAAACAAUACGUUGAAAAUGCUUCACAAGCAGAUUUACGCAGAGGAAAACCCAUUUGUUUGCGGUGGGCUCGCGACACUACAGCCAAGCGAAUGUACAACCAGAGAGGAAGCAUCCCCAUCAAAUCCCAAGGUGAUACGGUUAAGUUUUGAUAACAAUGUCACGGAAGAAGGUCGGACAAAACGCGUUGAUAAUAGCACGGCUUUGACACCAGGGGAAAACCUCUGCAGUGGAUGUACGCUUUCAGAUGUGUAUACGGAGGAGGUUGAAGACGAUGUCUUUGAGCCAGCGGAGGAAAUUUCGUCCGACCGAGAGUCAAUAUUUGGUGAACUCGACAAUGUAUUUCAUAGCUAUAUUUGCGCCCUUGAAACGUGA